AUGGGGACGUUUUGUUCCUGCGCCGGAGCCAGAAAAAUUACAAAAGACGCGGCCAAGAAAAUGGCAGCAAACGCGGAAGAGAGCGAUGGCGAUGCGGCGGUGCAGCCUGACCUGCGACUGGCAAUGGACUACACGAACAACGCCUCCAACAGCCACAGCGCCGGAGACACCAUGAACUCCUCCAUGGCCAACAUGACCAUCACCGACCAGCACCGCCAGGAGAACGGGGUCCAGGUCAUGAAAGAGACUGAAGCAGCUCUCAGUGAAAACGGGAUGAAACCUGUGUCUGAACCCUGUGACGACGAGGUUCCAGCUGCAGAGACGUCUGCAGAGGAAGCCGGCGUUGAAGCUGAAGUGCCUGAAAUAGAGAACGCCUCAUGCGGAGACGAGGGGCAGCUUGCAGCAGGAGGAGCAGCUUCAACAGCUCAAGCAAAGACGGAUAACGGCUCUGCAGAUAAGACCCAAACUGCCACCGAACCAACCUCUUCCCAUAAAAGACCAUCUUUAGUCACGAGGGGCAACAAAACAAAUGCUUCCUCACGAAACGGCCCCAGCUCCAUUCCCAUUAAAGCCAGCAGCACAGGGCCCGGAAGUCUCGGUGGUGCAAAACCUCAAAGCCCCGGAGUCAAAUCUUCCGUCAGAACUGCAGCUCAUCCAGCUAGUGCCAAGAAACCUCCCACUCCAAAAAAUGAAAAAGAUGGGAGUGGACAGAGCAGCCCUGGAACUCCCAAAUCUCCCGCCAGCCAAGCGCUCUCUGCCAAGGCGGCGGCCGAGGCCAACAAAGUGAAGAAGGUGGCGGUGGUGCGCUCUACACCCAAAUCCCCUGGAUCACUGAAGAGCCGCCCGCCGGCCCCUCUGGCUGCGGCGGCGCCCAUGCCGGACCUGAAGCACGUCAGGUCCAAGAUCGGCUCCACGGAGAACAUGAAGCACCAGCCCGGAGGUGGAAAGGUCCAAAUCCUGGAUAAGAAGCUGGACUUGGCUAACGUCCAAGCUCGUUGUGGAUCUAAAGACAACCUAAAGCACACCCCCGGUGGAGGCAAGGUACAAAUAAUUGAAAAGAAGCUGGACUUAAGCAGCGUGCAGUCCCGAUGUGGCUCCAAAGAUAAUAUAAAACAUGUACCCGGUGGUGGCAAUGUUCAGAUUGUGCACAAAAAGAUUGAUCUGACCAACGUUCAAUCGAAAUGUGGAUCAAAAGCCAACAUUCGUCAUAAGCCAGGUGGUGGAAAUAUUGAGAUAAAAAGUGAGAAGAUCGAGUUCAAAGGUCAGUCCAAGAUCGGCUCUCUUGACAACAUCGGCCACGUCCCUGGAGGUGGACAAAGAAGGAGGGAGAAGGGGAAGGAAGCAGAGGGGAGUACCUCAGACAGCCCCUCAAUCCCCUCCCCCGCUGUCACCCCCCCUCAGUCACCACUGACUGUCCCCUCAGCACCCAUCACACCCAUCUUGACGAACCCUCUCAUAAAGAUUGAGGACUCCUAUUGAGAGCCACAAGCUGAUGUUCCGCGAGACGGCCAAGGCCCGCACCGACCACGGCGCCGAGAUCGUCUCCCUGGAAGAC